GGAGAUUGAAGAGCGACUAGUGUACUGUGUAGUCACUGUACAUUCAUGACUUCAGAUUUUUUCAGGAACACAUGCCCUCUGUGCGCGCAAAGCAAAAAUGUGACGGCCCUGAUUUUUCCUCCCUGAAUCUGUCAAAUUUCAACGUCUACCGGUUUCGACUUUUUCGGUUCGGCAACGCUGUCGAUCGUGUCCGUCGUGUUGACGUGGUGUUGAAAAUUACAAGUUGACAUGACGAGAUUAUUUUGGGAAUAGCUGUUUUUUAGAUUGAAUGAAAUUUCUGUAUUUUUGAAUCGAUUGACAUUCCAAAAUGGGAGAAAAACAGAGGCCAACAUAUAGUCACUACGCAGAAUUGAACCGUUGCAGUCAAAAUGGAGAAUACGAAAGAGCGUUGAAAGUAGCCAACAAAAUUUUAGGUGUUUCUCCCGAUGAGAUUUUGGCCUUACACUGUAAACUUAUUUGUUUGAUACAACUAUCCAAGUUGAUGAAGCUAUUGCUCUAAUCAAUAGAAACCCACACUAUUUAAAGGUUAUUCUGUUUGAGAAAGCAUACUGUUAUUAUCGAGCAAACAAACCAGCUGAUGCAUUGAAGAUCUUAAAUAAAAGUGAAGAUGAGCUAGAUUUGCGGUGUAAAGAACUAAAGGCACAAAUAUUGUACAGGCUAGAAAAGUAUGAUGAGGCUGCCAAAAUGUAUCAUGAGAAUAUCAAAAGUACUAAUGAUGAUUAUGAAGAAGAAAGGUAUACAAAUUUGAGUGCUGUGAUGGUGUUUCUAAACAGAAAUGAUACAGAGAACCAAAUUGAUUAUCUUAAAGAUAACACAUAUGAACUAUGCUACAACAAGGCAUGCAUUCUUAUUGCUCAUGAGAAUUAUACUGAGGCCGAGAAAAAGCUUAAACAGUGUGAGAAGCUGUGUAGAGAAGCUUUAGAGGAAGAUGAAGCUGCAGAGGAAGAAAUUGAUAUAGAAUUGGCUUUGAUAAAGGUUCAGCUGGCUUAUGUAUACCAAAAGCAAGGUAGGAUUAGAGAAGCUCAUCAGAUAUACACUGCUACUUUGAAGUUGAAAAUUGAGGAUAUGGCGCUAAUUGCUGCAGCGAGCAAUAAUGUUGUUUGUAUCAAUAAAGAUCAAAACUUGUUUGACUCAAAGAAGAAAAUGAAAGCUGCCAUGAACGAAGCAUUAGUUUACAAGCUUCCCUCAAGACAAAGGAAAUACAUAGCACUAAAUAAUGCAAUCUUAAAUUACUAUGUUAAUCAAACAGAAAUCUGUGAGAAAAUUUGUAAGAAUAUUGAAGAUACUUAUCCAGAUUUGAUGAUUCAGAUCCUCAUUUUGAGAGCACUGAAUCUUAUCAAAGCUGACAAAGUCAAAGAAGCUAUUGAACUCCUUAAGAACACAGAAAGGGAGGAUAAUAGGUUGUAUUUGCACUUAUGCAUUGCACAAAUACACCUGAUGCAGGUAAUAUUUUUUUUAAACUUCUCAAAGCUUCUUUGCAUACUCCCUGUUAUCUGUAGUAGUAUAGUACACAACAGGGUAUAUAAUGAUGUCGUUCAUACAAAUCUAGAUAUUUUCAGCUUCUCAAUAGAUUUAAUUUCUUUUUGCAAAUCCUAAAAUUUAUGUGAUAGAACAAACUACAUACAUUAUAAUGGUAAUACUAAAUGUAUCAAAAUGGGAGGGUAAGUUGUGUGGAUUGCCUACUUUCAGGGGGAUUAAGAAGCGAAAUAAUAAAGAGUAGUGAACAGAAUGCACCUUUAUUUUAAGUUAGAAUUUCAAACAAAAAACAAUGUGGUUUCUCCUUCUUUCCCUUCCUCAUUUUUUUCCUGCAAGUCUGAGGCAUUUGGGGGCAAUGGCGCCAUUGCCAUUUUACUCUAUAAAUGGAUAUAAUCUAGCUACUAAAAUAUUUAAACAAUUCCAUUUCAUAUUCUUACCAUGUAUUGGGCUGUAGGGAGAAAGGAAAGAAGCAUGUAAGGUGUUGGAAAAUCUGGGAGAGCAUACCUACAAACCAGGAAUAGUUGGAGCCUUAACAACAC